GAAAACAUUUUUGAUUAUUAUUUGUUGACAUUAUUUCGAUAUCAACUCCAAGASUACAGAUCCGAUGUCUUUGACUGACUAAUUGAUUGAUUGAUUGAUUGACCACCGAUUGAUUGAUUUUUAAACCACCCGUACGGCUGUCUAGUAGUAGUAGUAGUAGUGGUGGUAAUGAUGGACAUCGUUAAGGCCGAGAUUGAACGCAAACGCAAACAAUUGGCGGACAACUUAUUAGUGGAUAAUAAGCGAAAAUAUUUCAAACGACAAGAUCUGAUGAAAAAAUCCGAUGAAGAAUACUAUGAAAGACAGGCAUUGAAAACCAGGACAAAGUUGGCGGCGACGGCGGCAGAGGCCGCGGCCACGGCCACCGAUAGCGGCGAUGGCGUCGACGGGGUCUCUACCGAUGCCACAGAAGCGAGCGGUUCCGAUGCCGCCGCCGCCGCUGGCGGACACCACGUGUCAGGAGAGGCAAGCAGUAGUGGUGGCCAACAGUCGGGCGGCGAACAGCAGCAGAGGAUAAUGGCCCGCAAAGAUGUAAUCAAACGUUUGCGCGAAAGAGACGAACCGAUUAUAUUGUUUGGCGAAACAGAAACGGAAGCCUUACGGUUACGUCGUCUUGAAGUACAGGAACCGGAGGCCGGAACCGAUCAGGGAUACAGAAAUGAUUUUCAGGAAGCGAUGGAAUCGGUGGACGCCUCCUAUCUGGAAGAGAUUGUCAAGAGUAGCGGCGCCGAUAGCGACCAGAAGACUGGCCAUCACAAUACGGCCAACGAUGUCAAAGUAGUUGAAAUGAAUACCACUAUCGAAGAUAUACUGCAAAUGGCCCAACAUUUGGGUCGCCGCCGGGAUGACGCCCGCGAUUGCGAUGUCAUUGAAAUAUUUAUGAAAUAUCUGUUGGAAUUGUGGGGCAAAAAACUCAAUGCCCGACCCGAUCCGGAAAAGUUGACCACUCAGGGACGUAUCCAGAAUGCUAUCUAUACGCAAACGCAAAGCUAUUUGCGUCCACUAUUGAAACAAUUGAAAAGUCGUAAAGUGGCCGACGAUAUACUGAAACACUUGAUCCGUAUUGUCCAACAUAUGCUCGAACGUGACUAUGUUAAGGCCAGCGAUGCCUAUUUGCGUAUGGCCAUCGGUAAUGCACCGUGGCCAAUCGGUGUUACUAUGGUCGGCAUUCAUGCCCGUACGGGCCGUGAAAAGAUUUUUGCCCAAAACAUAGCCCACGUUUUGAACGAUGAAACCCAACGAAAGUACAUACAGGCGCUCAAGCGGCUGAUGACACAGUGCCAGAAAUUGUUUACUACCGAUCCCUCUCGUUGUGUAGAGUAUACGAAAACUGAUAACUGAUUGAUUUGGUUGGUGGGGAUCGGGAAUUAAGUGGACACUGAGAUUUCACACACAYCCGCGGCCUAAUUGUGUAUUAAAAUUUACCGUAAUUUUCUAGUUUUUUUAAUAAUUUUUUUUUAUUAUUUGUUGUCUAGAUUACCGGUAUAUAUAUACUGUAUAUCAAUAAUAAAACCAAAUAAUUUUGUUGUAAAUAC